AUUUAGCAGUGUGUUGAAUUGCGGUGAUCACAAAGAUGAGCGUUACGGUCACAAUCCACAAAGGCGAACUAGCGCAAAUCAAACGUCUCAUAGACGAGGAAAAGGUAAAGAAAGGACAGCUUUAUGGCUUGUGGACCCAUUCAUUUCAGCCAGUUAUUCAGUAUGUUAUCGGUGAACCAAAGCAUGGAGAUGGGACGAAAAUUGAGGAAUGCCUUCAAGAACAACAUUUCUUACAGCACGUGGGAAACUGGAGCACUGUUGGUGAUGGUAAGUAAAAAUUAAACGCCUACAAAGUGUAAUGGAAACUAGAAAAAAAAAUUUCAACUUGCCCACUUCCGCUUUUCGAGGCUAAGCUGUUUGUUUUUAUAUUUAACCAUAGAGUUUGCGUUGUUUUUGUGUUCAGUAGUUCUCUGUAAAAGGGCGUGUGAAGGAGUCUAAAAACACAUUUUCUUUAGUGCAGAGAUAUAGACAAACUUGUUCAACAUGGCACAACCGAUGACUUUUUGACAAAAUGAUACUUUCACAGUCCAGUACAUUCCAUUUUAUAAUUUUCAUUAAAAGAAAGAGGUCUAUGGUACCCUCCGUCUAGAUUUGACUGCUUCAAACGGCCUUCCUCUAACUGGCAACAAAAUUGUUGAGCCAUUUUCCUCAAAAUUUAACGGGUAAAUUCGGAGAACAAAACAAUCACAACCCCACCCUCCCCUCUCCCCUCCAGUCAAAGCUGGGGUGUUUGUUGUUUCCUACGGGUAGCUUGAACAGUAGCAAAACAGUGCAUUGAGGGGGUGGGAGAGGGAGCUUUAUUUUCCCCUUAAGAGCAAUGGAUCUCAACCAACUUUGUCGCCGAUUGUCUGUCUAAUAGACUCGCUUUUCUGCAAAUUCAUUUCCCGUUCAAAAGCCCAAUGUAGGGUCGUUGGGGGAAGCGCGAUGGUGUGUGACAAUGUUUUCACACAACCCUUCAGCUUUCUUUUGAUGCAAAUAUCAGCUGUAUGCUUUACAAUGGCGUCGGGAAUCCGAACUUCAGGUUACAGAGAGGGAUUGUAAGAAGCUUGUUAUGGAGCAAACUAUCCGCACUACAGUUUAAGAUAGAGGAACCCAUUAUAUAAAUAGCCCAUUAAAGAAGAGGUUGAAUUUAGUGUAGUUACGUUCAAAAAUUGCUUUUUCAGCAUGCAUACUUCCAUAAAAUAAGCACAAGGACGUUUUAGCAUCGUAACAAGGUCAUCCUCAGAGAAGUAUUUACAAGGCAACGGUACCAAACAAACACCUCAGUUUAAAUGGUCUUACUGGUCUUCAAUGUUAUUUUAUAGGUGUUAACCUCUCCAGCAAGAAAUCAGGCAAAGCGCCACCUUCUUUCGUAAAAAUGAGCGUCGAACUGGUAGACAACGAAACCAUAAAAGUGAAGCCUUGUGUUUUCCAGGAAAACUCCAAUUACGAGAAGGAAUUAGACGGACUGAUUGGUAUUUUUAAGUUCUUCCUAUUCACUUAUUUUCAAUAUUUAUUUAUUUAUUUAUUUAUUAACCUAUUAUUAUUAUUAUUAACCUAAUUAUCGUCAGAAAAAAUUGCACGUACAAGAAAAUACCUUGUGCAUAAAACUUUUGAAAAGUUAUCUGGACAAAAAAAUAGAAAACUAGUUUUGGUAUGGCCUGGUGGAAAAUCUGUGUGAUUUCCAAAAUGUUAGAAUAAGUCUAUAACAUGCUAGCAAGUGUAUGAAGCUCGUCUGAAAGGAUAAGGCAACGGUUGAAUCGAAUAUUUCAAAUGGAACUCCUUUCGCGAGCAGAUGUAAAUUCAAUAAUACCUUUAAAAUUUCCAGAGUUGGUUGAGCUUAAAUUCAUAUCUUAGAGACUGGAUUGAAAAGCAAAAUACCCUCCCUGAAAGGGGUUUGAUCUUGGAACCUGAAAUGGCGUAAAAUCACAAACCUUUUUGGGUAGAAGAUCAAAACUGCUAUUUUAAGUAAGCUGUCUAGAACAGGUUUCUUAUACAUUAUGACUUCUCUUUUUGCAGAAGAGCUAGAAGGAGACAGUGCUUUUCGCCUAAUCAAGACCGGUCCAUUUGGAAACUGCGAAUCCCCCCUAAGUGAGCGCUACCACCAUGAAAAAGUGAAAGAUGCUAAUAAUUUGAAGGUGAUUAAGCAAACUCCAAAAGCUGCAAACGAAGCUGAGACUAAAGACACCCAAUGGUAUUCGACUGAAGAUGGAAUGAAGCUGUUCGGAUUGAUUCAUGGUGUUUUUCAAAAACAAUUUGAAAUCACAGGAACGAGCAGAGACACAAUUACACAUGACAUAUCCAUCACCUUGAAACGUGGUGGACAAGAGUUCAUCAUUGAUUUCCCUUCCAAUUUUCCCAGCGGCAGGGCUGUUCUUAAUUAUCGUGCGAAGAAGCGAGAGAUAAGCUUAAGUGAAAAAGCAACAGAAGGAAAUGUUAAAUCCAGAAAGGGAAGUCAAAAGCAAGACAAGAAAGCCAAGCAAAGCACGAACAAGAAGGAAGGAGGGCAGGGAAGCAAGAAAAGUACCGUGGUACCCGACAAAGAAGCAACAGCAGAGGAGGCACCAAACGAGAACGAGAUCGAUAACGCAUCAGCAGGCAAGCCGGAAGGUACAGUGCAAGAGGAAGCAGAGCCACCGAAGCAGCCCAGUCUGGAAGAGAUACCAGAGUUGUUAGUAAAAGGUAUCCGUCAAAUCAUGAAAGGAACAGCAGUUUAA